AGUAAUAGUCGUAGUAAUAGCAGUAGUAGUAGCAAUAGUAGGAGUGAUAAUAGUAGUAGUAGUAGUAUUAAUAGUAGUAAUGAUAAUAGUAAUAGUAGUAGUAUUAAUAGUAGUAGUGAUAAUAGUAAUAGUAGUAUUAAUAGUAGUAGUGAUAAUAGUAAU